GCGGCCGAAGCGGCCCGCUGGCGGCGCGGCCAGCGGCGCUGCUGAGGGCGCCCAGGCGGGCUCGGCGGAGGGCGGCUCCGAGCCGCAGCGCUCCCCGUCGCCGGGGCGCGUCGGCGCGCUGCAGCAGCAGGCCAGCAGGUGGAGGGCGCUGCCAGACGCGGAGCGGCAGAGGUAUCGGGAGCUGGCCGCGAGGGACAAGGAGCGCUUCGAGCGGGAGCUGCAGGCGUGGCGCGCCGAGCAGCCGGAGGAGGCAGGCCUCGCCGACGCGGCGGGCCCGUCGUGCAAGCGGCGCAGGAAGGGCCAGGGCUCGCAGGGGCCCGGCUGCUCGACGCGCGGCCUGUCCGCCUACCCGGGCCAUCUUCUGCGCUCACCGCUCCGCGGAACUCCGCCGAGCCAGCGGCGCCGACGGCGCCAGCGGCGCUGCCGCCGAGGCGGCCGGUGCCGAGGCGGACUCGGCGGCCCCCGCGGAGUCCGCGUCCGGCGGCGGCGGCGCCGCCGAGGCGGUGGGUGCCGACGCGGAGGCGGCGGCCGCCGCGGA